CGAGUGAGAGAGAGAGAGCACGUGAGAGAGCGAAAGUGAGAGAGGGAACGAUGUUUGUGCAAUUCUGGAAGCUGUUUGGCAGCGUUCAUUGGUUUGUUGUUUUUCUCGUGUUUGUGUGUGUGUGUGUAUUUUUUUUCUAUAUCCCAUCUUGCUGUUGUUGUUGCUUCGCCUUCUACUCUAAUGUUUGUUUUCUUCUCACCCCUGGUCUUCCCCUUCUUCUCAUCUCCGAUACGAUCCCUCACUAGCUAGCCACUGGAAACGGCCAGCCUGGGCCACAGCGACCCGGGUAGUCCCGGGGUUGUGUUAGAUCGCGCGUAUCCUGCGUACGGUGCGGAGUGUGACGCGUUCGCUAUUCGUGAGAUCGAGAUCCGAGUCCGCAUCGAGCCCAGUGUAGUUGGUGUCCGGAACAUCCUGGUGCGUACGAGUACUCCGCGUGUGUGUGUGUGUAUCUGCGUGUGAAGGUGUGUUUAUGUCCCGAGGUUAUCAAUUCGCGCAAACAAACAAACCAACAAUCAAGUCCAGUGGAUGUCCAGACGCUCCAAGCCCGAGGACACUCUGGUGAGGUCUCUGUGAGUGUGGAAAACCUAAACACACAGCUAACAGUGUGACAGAAUUUUGGUCGAGGAGAUCGUCCAACGCGCCCAACAUGUUGAACGUGUGUGCGGAUCUGGUGCAGUUCGAUCAGUACAGCCUGCAGCUGUACAACUACGCGAUGGUGGAGCGCUUUCGCUCGAAUCAGUUCUUCAACUACGGUAACUUUGUGGCGGACACAAGGACACUGUCCCGAUUCUUCAAACCGUCGCUCCCACCGAAUCCGGUCGAUGCGGCUACGGCUGCCGCGGCGGCCGCAGCGGCAGCAGCCGCCGCAGGCAAUGCACUGCUAGCGGACGCCAGCAAACUAUCCUCCCAGGCACCGAAACCACAGUACAGCUACAUCGGGUUGAUAGCGAUAGCGAUCCUGAGCUCGCCCGAGAAGAAGCUCGUCCUGUCCGACAUCUACCAACACAUCCUGGACAACUAUUCGUACUUCCGGAGUCGUGGUCCCGGCUGGCGGAACUCCAUCCGUCACAAUCUAUCGCUCAACGAUUGCUUCAUCAAGGCGGGACGUAGCGCGCACGGCAAGGGUCACUACUGGGCCGUACAUCCCGCGAACGUGGAGGACUUCCUCAAGGGUGACUUCCGGCGCCGGAAGGCACAGCGCAAAGUGCGCCGCCAUAUGGGACUCACCUCGGACGACGACAUCUACGACAACAGCAGCCCACGACAGUUUUUCCCCGCAAUCAACUCCCCGCCGCAGCCACCCUCCCAGCAGGGCCCGCCGUCACACGCCACUUCCGGUGGGUCCGGUGUACUUCCGCCCCAUCCGGUGCUCACCAACCCGGCACUCUAUCUCGGACCGGGUUCGAGUGCGUCGGCGACGGCAACGUCAGCGGCUGCUGCAGCAGCGGCGGCCGCAGCCGCUGCAGCCGCCGCAGCGGCCGCCGCCAGCUCCAGUACAGCCGCGGCAGCAGCGGCCGCCGUUGGUGGAGGUGGAGGAGUAGGCGGUUUAUCCCAGCAACAACCACCACCACCACCACCAACAUCCGCCGGCGGGAAACUGACGCUCGUCGGGCUCGGCGGUGACGGUGGUCCGGUGGAUCAUCAUCUACACCACCAGCAUCAAGCCGCCGCCCUCCUGCACCAUCAUCAGCAGCAGCAGCAACAUCUCCAUCAGCACCAUUCAACAUCAACACCAUCACCAUCACCAUCACCAUCAUCAUCAAACAACGGCUGCGGCCAUCAUCAUGCGCAACACGAUGGAGAGCUUCUCGCGCAAACGGCAGUUCGACGUCGAGUCGCUGCUCCGACCGGACGACGGGUCCGACGACCGGGAACCGUACGAGCUGCGGCGACCCCGGCUCUGUUCGCCCGCCAGCUCGAGCCAGAGUCCAUCGCCGCUGCCACCGUAUCACGCAUCCCAGGCACUGGUGGUGGCCGGACCGAGAACGAGCCCGGCAACAACACAACCGACCGGCGGUAAAACACCUCAUCAGUGAAUCUAUUUAGCGGGUGAGAGAGAGAGAGAGAGAGAGCGAGAGAGAGAGAGAAAGUAUGUCCUUGAUCUCAAGUAUGAGUAACGCUUUCAACCUCCAAAAAAUCCCAAUUAUCUCAUUUCCCCCCUACUAAGUCUGUUAUCACUAGCGAAUAUUGGAUUGCUGGUGCCAUGACCAGGAUUAUCUACCUUACGCAUCUCUAUCGAUGUAAACCGAGGAUUCAAUCUCUCUAAUCAUGGGUGAAGAUAGAUAAAGGAUAAACAAACAAUCCCAGCAAUAUCUUCCUUAUCUUUCAAUUUUCUUUUCCUACACCUCCUCAACCCCCGUCCCCUUCCAACCCCCUUUCAACAGGAGCCAAAAUAAGAGAGCGACAGAGAGAGAGAGAGAGAGAUGGCGAGCGCGCCCGACAUAACUUCGUAAAUAUUAUAUAUGAAAAUUAAACUACACGGCGCGUACAUUAAAAAAGCGCGAUUAUUGAAUGUGACUGUUAGCCAUUGAUGUGAAACGAUCCGGAACAAGACAACAACACACACACACAAAAAAACCCCUGGCGGAAAAACCCCGUAAUAGGAUCAUCCCUUUUCCAUCACCACCACAAGAAACCCUCCCGGUUCCGCCAAUUCCCAAAAGGAAACUGUGGUUCCCUAGAUGUUCGCCCUUUUUUCCUCGCCCGCAAAUGGGGGAUUAAAAAGUAUAUCAAGCAAAUUAGAAUGAAAAUUGCGAGCCGCUAUUCAGCCCUGGUAAACGGUAACGACUCGAACGUAAGCCGAUUUCUUGGUUUUUCGUCGCUCACACUUCCUCCCUUACCCCCAUCAAUCCCUCCCCCUAAAUAGGCUGUUUUUCCGAGGAGCGACCGAGGUGUGGCAUCCACCAGUGCAGAAAUUAAUUUCGAUAUCAAAAGAAGGAUUAGGAGUCAGUCGGAGUCGGUUUUGGUAAUAUACCCUUGGUUGAUUAAUUUUCUCCCGCACCCUCUCCGUGGGAGAAAGAGAGAGAGAGAGAUAGAGGAAGAUUUUCCGCGCCGGUAAGGCUUCCUAUUGUCCAAGUCCCGGAUAUUGAGGAACCUGUCCCAGACUCACAGCACGAGCAAGGUCCCCGCUAGGGAAUAGGAGGUUUGCCAGGUAAGCAUGGCACUCGCCCGUUAUUAGUGUCCGAUGUCCAGGAAAAUGUGUGUCAAUGUGUUGAACUUCACCGAGAAACCAAAUCCUUCCCUGAAGGAUCCUCAUCCUUCAGAGAUCGCUUAGGGUGUUGCUAGCUGCAAGGCUUGAAGAACAUCUUUUCGGGAUUUUUUUUUCUAAAUAGACCAAGCAUCGCCACUUUGGAAUAAUAUAUCGAUGUAUAUGCUUCACACCAAGUUUUGUUACUUAGCCACGAUAGCCGAGGCUAAAUAUUGGAUAAAUCGUAAAGAAAAUGAACACAAAAUAUUAUUAACCUUAUUCCUUCUCGAACACAAAAAAAA